ACUAAGAAUUUCCUUCCUGAUAAAAAAGGAGGGCUGGCGCACCGAUUGGGCGCCGUGUUGGAGAGGAUGUGACAUCAGGCACAUCUCUCGCUUCGCUGGAUCACUGGCUGCCUACCAGGGCAGCCAGGGAGCUGUUUUGUUAAAUCCCAACCCAGGUACUCAAGUUUCUGCACAAAGUGCUGCUGGCACCACAUCCCGGUCUGCUGCAAGGUCUGUUUGACUUGUGCGUGUGGAGUCUGCUUAGUAGAUCACUCCCAUCGCUGGGGUCUCGCCGGGGAUGAUGGAAUUUGAACUCUCGAGACCGACCACGAAGUGAAAAAACAGAAAUUGGACAGACAGGGCUGAGAUGGAUGAUGAGGGAACAAAUCAAAAUGCCAGCGAAUUGCAAGGAACUGGAGGCCAGACAUCUGCAACAUCCCUAUCAAACCCGCUGAUGAGGGACUUUGUUUCAGACUGGUCUCCUUUACAUGAUGCCUCGGUCCAUGGGCGUCUGCUUACCCUGAAGAAACUCAUCAAACAGGGGAGUGAUGUUAAUCUUGUUACAGAAGAUCAGGUAUCUCCUCUCCAUGAAGCCUGCCUAGGGGGUCAUGCUGCUUGUGCCAGUGUCCUAUUAAAACAUGGUGCGCGGGUGAAUGGAGUCACUGUAGACUGGCACACGCCGCUGUUUAGCGCUUGUGUCAGUGGCAGUGUAGCUUGCUUGAAUUUAUUGCUGCAGCACGGAGCCAGCCUGCACCCACCCUGUGACUUGGCAUCCCCCAUCCAUGAAGCUGCUAAAAGAGGUCACGUACAAUGUGUCGAAUUCCUCGCGUCCCAUGGGGUAAAUAUUGAUGACAACAUCAAGCAUCUGGGUACUCCGCUUUAUGUAGCUUGUGAGAACCAGCAAGUGAACUGUGCCAAGAAGCUGCUUGAGUCAGGAGCAAACGUGAACAGCGGCAAGGGCCUGGACUCCCCUCUGCACGUGGCCGCCAGGAAUUGCAGUGCAGAGCUGGUGACACUGCUGAUUGACUUUGGAGCAGACAUUUGGGUGAAGAACGCCGAAAACAAGAGGCCGAUGGAGCUGGUCCCAGCAGGCAGUCCUGUGGGCCGACUGCUCCUGCAGAAAGAAGGGCCACUGUCCUUGAUGCAGCUGUGCCGCCUGUGCAUCAGGAGGUGCUUUGGACACAAGCAGCAUCAAAAAAUAACUGGACUUCUCCUGCCGGACGAGCUGAAACAUUUCCUUCUCCACGUUUAAGCUCUUCUUGUUCAAAACAGUGCCUCUAAUAACAAGGAAGGUUUGUUGAGGAAAGAUUUCUUCUCAUCAGUAGUGUUGCCAAUGCCUGCGAUGUUAAUUUGUGAUAGUUGUUGGUCUCUAGUAAAGCCCUGGGUCCAAGAAACACAGGACUGACCAACUCUCGCAGGUCUCACUGCCACCACCCCUAGCAAAUCUGUCAUUUAGCAAGGAACCAUUCUGCAUGGUUACAUGGCGAAACUUGGAAAUGGGACUUAAGAGCCCCCUGGAAAGCAUGGAAAAUGAACAUAAUGUUUUAAAUUAGAUCUCUUGAUUCUCUGGCACAGUUUCAGGGGGCUUGUGGUUGACAGCCUCUUACAAAGAAAAUGCAUAUCUCAGCCCAGCACUAACAGCAUGUCAUGUAUAUAUUAAGGGUACUAAGGAUAGCUACACUUUCUCUGUAAGCAGCGCUCAUCUGCCUGUCAUCUGUGAAGGCUGUACCUACACCGCUGCACGGAUAAGGAAAGGGAACCCAGCCGAAGGUACUUGCAAAGCCAGUGAAGCCCUCUGGCAGAUGUUACCUAUUUUUUAAGUAUAUCACGCUGCAGAUUGAUGAGCACCAGCCAACAAUCAUCAGCAUCUGAAACAUUCGUUUCUGCCAUGACAGCAAGUAGGUCGCUGCUGAUGGCAGCUCCCUACAGUGCAAUCAUAAGGGGGAAAGUUUUUUUAAUCAUCCAUUAAAAUAACUUAUUCCUGACACUUUGAGACUUAAGGGAGCCACACUUGAGAACUACACAUUUACUCCUUGCACAUUAUUUUUCAAGGACACAGGCUAACAGGCUAUCGGUUGCAGGCAUCGAGAGCUCCCCCUUUCUGCCCUGAAAAUUAGGUGAUACUUCCUAAGCAUUUCUCAGCAUUCAUCAGAAAAACAACAGCUUCUCUCCCCUUUCCCCACCCAAGAAAAGAGAUCAUCAUAAGAGUGAGAUAAUUUUUUUUUUCUUGGAGAGAUGUUACCUCAUUCAUAGCAUCUUCCAUGUAAGUGGUAAUAAUACCAUCUCUAAUGUGUGGUCAUAAAAUGAACAAUGAAAAUACUGACGUUAAAGUCCAUUCCAAAUUAAAAAGAUAAUGGGUAAUUUGUGUCCCCUGCUGAGUUGCUGAGCUGCUGGCUCAGCCCACACGCCUCUCAAACAAACAAGACAUAUGUCAUUCUUAUUCCACCGAAGCUGUAAAAACAAAUACUUUCUCCAGCUAAAAUUUAUCACUGGGUGUUUUUCUUUCCCUCCCAGAAACAUGUCCUGCUGCCACAAACCAAAGUGCAGUUCGGAUCACUCUGCCCUCUCCUGGGUGCUCCCUUGGGAAUACCAGCUGCCUGACAUGUGCAUGAUGAGGAUGCUGAAGCUCCAGCUCUUUUGCCUGCCACCCUGUACCCUCUCCAGCUCUGAACUCUGGUGCAUCUGCAUCACCUGGCAGCUGCAGUGCACCCACCGCCUCCUCUGAGGGGCUGCUGCCAUGUUGCCCCUGCACUGGAGGGGCAGGCCAUGCAAUUUGACGCUUUUGGAGAUCCUCUUCUUUUUCACUUUGCUGUGGAGACACCUGUAACUGUGGGCUUGGUGCACAAAAACUGUGACGACAUUGUUAAUGCCAGCAGUAAGAUGUAUGGAGUCCUCAUCUUGUAAAUGGAGAGACUGGCAGCCUUCAGAUACAGAAACUUAUUUUGAUGUUUACUAGUGUGCCGAUGUGUGUGGUGCAAGCCUCCCUUUUGCAUAUGGGAAGAUAAAGAGGAUGGAUCAAAUGCUUCCUGGGUGCUCAUAUUUGACAUAAACUACAGUUCAAAUCCUUGGCUGGACAACAUGACUGCUGGCUAUAGAUAUCCAGUAUGAUAGCUUUAUUUUUUUUUUUUUUUUUUUUGUGGUGACCAAACACAGCAAUAGCAGUUCUGUUGGCUCUGUGGAACACUAAGUUGUACCCUAAUGGGACACAAUGACAAACACAGUUAGGUCUGUAAGUCCUCUUGUUACAGAGACACACAGAAAUCUUCACUUAUCUCACCUAAUUCAUCAUAUAUAAUUUAAGCCAUGUAAAAAUUCACUUUUACUGUGAAUUUUUCACUGGUUUAAGAUGGCCUUCCAUAUUCUUUCCCUCUUGCUGGGGAAGAAAAAUAGACAUCUGUCUUUAUAGGCUGAAUAAAAGCAGGCAUCUUGGGUGGGGAAGGUGGAUCCUUCUAAAAUCAGUUAUCUUGGAAAAACUGAAUCUACAUUGAACAGGUAGGGAACAGAAAACAAACCUACUGCUUAACUGUUGAAGAUUAAAGUGUAAAGAAUCCCUGCUUUGGUGACACACUGGAAAGCUGGAAGAUCCAGCUUAUUGUAUUUUAGAUGAUGAAGAGAGAUUUCUUUACAUAUUAGUUUUAUGAUUUACCUUUAAGCAUCUUAUUUUGUAACUUCAGCCAAUGGGUUUAUAGGAGUAAUGCUAAUAGCAGGAGAAAAUUGCUCUGAGAAGAUGAUGAGUGAUGCUUCUAGACUGCUUUUCUUCUGGAAAUUUCAUAGUGUGACUGUUUACUUGAAUCACUCUGAUCAAGUGUAACUAGGAUGAAUUCUGUAUGUUCAGCUUGUACCAUCUUAGUAUAUUUGCUUAUUUAUUUUAAUGUAAAUUGUGAUCAACACUGGUGAAUUACAGCUUUCUUCAUCCACACUUAUCGGGUUAUAAACUGUAGAAGUUGUACAAGACACGAACUGAAUAAGCUCAUUAUAGGUGAGGUUUGGAUCUUUUCCUGUGUUUGAAAUAAUUCCAAAUGUAAUGUAGGAGUUGAAAGAUUUUUUCAGGAAUAUAUUUUAUCAGAUUCUUUGCUAUUAUUUUGUUAGCAGUUUAGUGGUAGUCAAACCACAAUUGUAUAGGAUAUUUGCUCAAAAAUAAAUGGCUUAUACUCUU